AUAUAAAAUUAAUGUGAGGCAUGAAAUGAAAUCAGCCCCUCACUUAUCCAAUUAUCUUACAAACCAACUGCCAAAAAUCAAAACACACAAACAUUUCCACAAAGUAAUAACAGACUUAGCUAUGGCUACUUCUCUACUACCCAAGUGUCUAGCUCCUAUUUUCUUCAACUCCCCUUCCUUGCCUAGUAAUUCCAACCACCUCGCCAAACUCUCCUUUCUGAAUCCACUAGAACACUCACUCAGCGCGAAACGACCAACUUUUCUGCCACAAGCAAAGAAGAAAAACCCAUGGUUAGAUCUAUUCGAUGAUGGAGAGGAUGAUCCAGACAUAGAAUAUGGGUCAUUGUACACUGAUGGGAAACAAGAUGAAGACCCAAGGCCACCGGAUAAUCCCGGCAACCCAUAUGGGUUCCUUAAGUUCCCACAAGGAUAUUCUGUGGAGGUAGCAUCAUUGGCAUCAAAGGUGAGAGGAGAUGUCAGAAGAUGUUGCUGUGUGAUUUCUGGUGGUGUAUAUGAGAAUCUGCUUUUCUUCCCUGCAAUUCAGUUGAUCAAGGAUAGGUAUCCUGGAGUUCAGAUUGAUAUAAUUACAUCAGCCAGAGGAAAACAGACUUACGAAAUGAAUAAAAAUGUGAGGUGGGCAACUGUUUACGAUCCUGAUGAUCAUUUUCCUGAUCCUGCAGAGUACACUGACAUGAUUGGACUUCUUAAGAAUAGAUAUUAUGACAUGGUGCUGUCCACAAAACUAGCAGGGCUAGGGCAUGCAGCAUUUUUGUUCAUGACAACAGCCAGAGACAGAGUAAGCUACAUAUAUCCCAAUGCAAAUGCAGCAGGAGCUGGACUCUUACUAUCUGAAACAUUUACACCAGACAGUAUGAAUCUUUCAGAGGGAGGAUAUAACAUGUACCAUCAGAUGGUUGAAUGGUUAGGCCGACCAGCUAAGAACGUACCUCAGCUGCCAGUUACCCCCUUGAAGGUAUCAAUUUCAAGGAGGCUGAAGGACGUUGUGGAAUCUAAAUAUAAUGAAGCAGGAGCAAAAAAGGGGAAAUAUGUUGUGAUUCAUGGCAUACAGUGCGACUCACAGGCAUCAAUGCAGUCCAGAGGAGAUACUGAUAGCUUGCUCCCUAUUGAGAUCUGGACAGAAAUAUCCCAGGCAAUCAGGGGAGUUACUCCAGUGUUUGUGAUUCCACAUGAAAAACUAAGAGAAGAUGUGGAGGAAAUUGUCGGGGACGAAACCAGCAUUGUGUUUAUAACGACGCCUGGCCAAUUAGCAGCAUUGAUCAAUGAUUCUGUUGGCGUUAUAGCAACCAACACAGCAGCUAUUCAGCUUGCGCAUGCCCGAGAAAAACCCAGCAUCGCUUUGUUUUGCUCUGAAGAAAAGGGAAAACGUUUUGUUCCCAACGCAGAAGGAAAGAAGUGCACAAUCAUAGCAUCAAAAACAGGAAAAUUGGCAGAUAUUGAUGUUGAAGUUGUAAAAGAUGCACUUAAAGUUUUUAAGAUUGCAACUGCAGUUCCAGCUUUGGUGUAAAAUGGCACAUCAAGGAUGCUCUCCCCGCCUUUUUAUUUCUUUCUCUUUCAACUUAUUCUACCAAACCCCUCAUGGCAUUGUUUUAAGAAAACGAAAUAUGUGUGUGAGGGAGACACAGUACUUAGAAGAUGCAACUCUUGUAUGCUUUUGUAAUGACAUCAACUGUACAUUCUAAAACUUGAAUGAGAAUAGACAAUCAUUCAUUAUCUUUA